AUGGCCCAGCGCGGCGACCCCGCGAUGCUCCCAGACAACCCCUUCCAGGAUCCCUCAUUGGUACAGCCCCGGCCCGGUCCUGACCUGGAUUCCUACAACCCCUUCGAGACGAGCGCGCCGCCAUACCAGGUCCCGUCGGCAGCCCCACCGCCCCUGCCAGCCGCCAGCAUGCCCCCGCGGAAAAACAGCCCCACGGAGCCCCGGAACUACGGCUCCUACGACACUCAGGCCUCGGCGGCAGCUGCCACGGCCGAGCUGCUGAAGCGGCAGGAGGAGCUGAACCGGAAGGCAGAGGAGCUGGAUCGGCGGGAGAGAGAGCUGCAGAAUGCGGCCCUCGGUGGCUCCACAACGAGGCUCAACAACUGGCCCCCGCUGCCAUCCUUCUGCCCCGUGAAGCCUUGCUUCUACCAAGAUAUCCCUGUGGAGAUCCCUGCAGACUUCCAGAAGACUGUGUCUACCAUGUAUUAUCUCUGGAUGGCCAGCACCAUUGCUCUCUUCCUGAACUUCCUGGCCUCGCUGGCCUGGUUCUGUGUGGACCCCUCGUCUGGUUCUGGGUUCGGCCUCUCCAUUCUCUGGGCUCUUCUCUACACGCCCUGCUCCUUUGUCUGCUGGUAUAGGCCGAUGUACAAAGCUUUCAGGAGCGACAGUUCCUUCAAUUUCUUUGUCUUCUUCUUCGUCUUCUUUGCCCAGAAUGUGAUGUACGUGCUGCAGGCCAUUGGGAUACCAAACUGGGGAUUCAGCGGGUGGAUACUGAGCCUGAUAGCGCUGCGGACAAACACGGCCGUGGCUGUGAUGAUGAUUAUGGUGUCCUUGGUCUUCACAGCAGUGUCUGUGUUGGGCAUCAUUAUGCUGAAAAAGAUCCACUCCCUGUAUCGCCGGACAGGGGCCAGCUUCCAGAAGGCACAGGAGGAAUUUGCUGCUGGGGUCUUCUCCAACCAGGCAGUGCGCACGGCGGCAGCCAACGCUGCUGCCGGUGCUGCCACCAAUGCCUUCCGGGCACCCUAG